AUGACGGUUGAAGUGGCGACGGAGGGUGAUGUGAUCGAAGUGGUGAAGUAUGCUAACGAACAACAAAUCCCAUUCCUGGCUGUCAACAACGCUCAUGGUGCGAUUACCACGGUCGGUCGAGUGAAAAACGGAAUUAUGAUAUGGAUGCGCCAACUCGAUUCGGUCCAAGUUGGAGAAGAUGGCCAUACAGCGACUUUUGGCGGAGGCAUCCUAGACAAGGCUGUCACAGACGCACUCUGGGCCGUAGGAAAGCAGACAGUGACUGGGGGGUGCGAAUGUGUGAGCGUGAUAGGACCUGGGUUAGGCGGCGGCCAUGGCUUGUUGCAGGCGCGACACGGUCUGGUUUCGGAUCAGUUCGUCUCCCUAAAUAUGGUCAUGGCAGACGGCACCCUUGAAAUUAUUGACCAUACCCAUGAGCUUUGGUGGGCAUUGCGAGGAGCUGGGCACAAUUUUGGGAUAGUGACGUCGAUUACUUCGAGGAUCUACGACACCAAAUACCCAACAUGGGCCUUCCAAAACUUCACUUUCACUGGAGAUAAAGUGGAAGCACUCUAUUCCAACAUCAACGAGCAUCUACUGAGGAACGGCACGCAACCGACGGAUCUCUUUCACUAUUCCUUCUUCUCAAAGAAUGCUGCUAUCGAUGCAGACAGCCCCGCGAUAUUCUUCUACAUCCUGCAGGAAGGUGUAGACGCCGUCCGAGAAGCCGUCGUUGCCCCAUUUCUAGCCCUUGAACCCUUCGCGACGUUCAAGGGCAGUGGGGACUACCCAGAGCUACCCGGGUGGAUAGGUUGGGCGAAUGCUGCUGCAACUUGCCAGAAUUCCGGCCUCGCCAAUACUCGAUUCCCGAUCGAACUUCAGAAGUACAAUGUCAUUGCUCAGCGACGUGUGCAUGACCUCUUGAGAUCCACGAUGAAUGAAGUACCAGCCCUGAACAGGUCCAUCAUCCUUUUCGAAGGCUAUUCGCAGCAGGGUGUCAAAGCUAUACCUAGCCAGGACUCGGCAUAUCCUUUCCGUGGCAGCAACCUCCUCGUCUCUCCCGUCGUCAGGUUCAACGAAAAUGGAGAAGAACUCACAAGAAAGGCGAAGACCUUGGGUGAGGCGCUUCGGGACAUCCUUCAUGAAGGUGAAGACAAUCGCCAUAAUAUCAAGCGUACUUAUGUCAACUAUGCAUUCGGCACCGAGAGCGUCGAAGAAAUCUACGGUAAUGAGUUUUGGCGCCAGGAGAAACUGUUAGCUCUGAAGAAAAAGUAUGAUCCGGAUGGAAAGUUUAGUUUCUAUGCGCCCAUUUCAUGA